AUGGCAACUGGGUCGCCAGUUCGGAUAUGUGUAUGCGGCGAUGAGGGAGUGGGCAAGAGCUCCAUCAUCACAUCGCUCGUCAAGGAUGUCUUCGUCACGGCAAAGAUCCAGCCCGUCCUCCCGCAGGUGACGCUGCCACCGACGCUGGGCACACCCGACAACGUCACGACGACCAUUGUCGACACCUCCGCCCUCCCGCACGAGCGUCAUGCCCUCCGCAAAGAGCUCCGAAAAUCAAACGUCAUACUGUUGGUCUACUCGGACCACUACAGCUAUGAGCGGGUCGCGCUGUUUUGGAUGCCCUAUUUCCGCUCCUUGGGUGUCAAUGUACCCGUAGUGCUAUGCGCAAACAAGUCUGAGCUGCUGUCGAAUGGGCCGACCUCGCAGGUUGUGACGGAAGAGAUGCUGCCUGUCAUGAACGAGUUCAAGGAGAUCGACUCGUGCAUACGGACAAGCGCGAAGGAGCACCACAACAUCAACGAGGUCUUCUUCCUCUGCCAAAAGGCCGUCACACACCCCAUAGCGCCGCUGUACGACUCCAAGGAAAACGCACUGAAGCCCGCGGCUGUGUCGGCGCUGCAACGAGUCUUCCACCUGUGCGACAAAGACAAGGACGGAUACUGGAACGACCAGGAGAUUCACGACUUCCAGAUCAAGUGCUUCGACAAGCCACUGGGGGAGGAUGACUUGGCCAACAUCAAGAAGUCGAUGGAGCGAUUUGCUCCUGGCGCAACCGACGAGAACGGAAUGGACGAAAAGAGUUUCUUGCUGUUGAACAAGAUCUUCGCGGAAAAAGGACGCCAUGAAACAAUAUGGAUUAUCCUCAGGAAGUUCCACUACACAGAUAGUCUCAGUCUUCAGGAUACCUUUCUGCAUCCCAAGUUUGAUGUUGUUCAGUUCUCGUCAGCCGAGCUGAGCCCAGCAGGAUAUCGGUUCUUUGUCGAUCUGUUUCUCAAAUUCGACAAAGACAACGAUGGCGGGCUCAACGACCAAGAACUCGCCAACUUAUUCACACCCACUCCCGGUGUCCCCUCGUCCUGGGUCGACUCUGCAUUCCCGUCAUGCACAGUACGCAACGAAGCUGGGUACAUUACCCUGCAAGGAUGGCUUGCACAAUGGAGCAUGACGACGUUCGAGGAGCCCAAGACAACAUUGGAGUACCUGGCGUAUCUCGGCUUCGAAAGCAACGACCGAGGAGGAACGACCAGCGCGCUCAAAGUUACGAAAGCUCGCAAGCGACGAAAGAGGCCCGGCAGGGUGGAGCGCAACGUCUUCCUCUGCUACGUGGUGGGUUCAAGCGGCAGCGGGAAAAGCACCCUCUUAUCAUCGUUCUUGCAACGUCCCUUUACACAAACAUACCAUCCUACCAUCAAGCCACGGGCAGCAGUGAACAGCGUAGAGCUCAAAGGCGGCAAGCAAUGCUACCUCAUCCUCGAAGAGCUUGGAGAACUAGAACCGGCGAUUCUGGAGAACCAGGCCAAGCUGGACGCAUGCGAUCUGCUCUGCUACACGUACGAUUCCAGCGACCCAGACAGUUUCACGCAUAUUGUCGAGCUGCGGAAAAAGUACCCACAUCUGGAUGACUUGCCGGCGGUGUACACAGCGCUCAAGGCGGAUCAGGACAAGACGAUGCAGAGGUGUGAGCAGCAGCCGGACGAGUAUACCAGCGCACUGAGAAUGGCGCCGCCGUUGCAUGUGAGUGCGACGUGGAACAGCAUCUCGGAGCUGUUUGUUCAUCUUGCCGAGAGCGCGACAUAUCCAUCGACAGCCUUUCCCAAGGCGGAGGAAGAACCUUAUGAUAACAUGAACCUGUACUUGGCGCUGGGCGCUGUUACAUGUGCGGUGGUGUCUGUGAUAUUCAUUUGGAGAAGGAAUUCUUCGAAUUGAAGAGUACAUAUGUACUACGUUUGAGAUGCCAUGUUACCAAUGAGUUGCCAUGUGUAGUAGUUGAAUACAAGCAGCGUGUAAUACAU